UAGCAGCUGCCUUGAAGCUUGUUCACGAUCGCAGUAAAUCCAAGAAGGCUAAAGAGGCCGGCUGUCUGUGCAGGUUGGGUGACGUCUACGUCGAGCGAGGUAAGCGGACAGGAGAAGGUAGAAAAUUCACACAGGCGGCAGCUCUGUAUAACGCCUCCAUGGCCAGAACAGAUGCGGACAAACAUAACAUGGUUACAAAACUGCAGGAAACAGAAAGGCAGUUUCUUAGAAACACCUGUAAGCUUGACUGUGAACCGUGCCCGUAUAGUAGCGCGUUAGAUCACAGAAAGGAACUGUACAACUCACGUGCCUGUGCAAAAUCUCAGCUCGAAACAUUUCAUCAGGAGCACAACCCUUAUCAGUAUGAUGAAGACGAUCCCGUCGUGAGAGAGGUAGAGAUCAAACGAGCUGAAGCAAUCAAGGACUUGUUCAAGAGCAUCACAGUUGAAAGACGAGAGUUUAUCCAAACAUUGACAGAUGAAUGCAUGGCCAAACUCGGACCUCCUCCCUGUAAGUACGCUUUCAUCGGGAUGGGGUCACAGGCCACAGAACUGGUGACGCCGUACUCCGACCUAGAGUUCGCCAUUCUAAUUGAGGAGGGGAAGGGUGAUGAUAAUGCACGGAGGUACUUCCUAAAUCUCACACACUACUUACAUCUAAAAGUCAUUAACCUUGGGGAAACCAUCCUCCCAGCCAUGGCCAUCCCGUCACUCAACGACUUUCUCUCAGAAGACCCAGAGAAAGAAUGGUUCUUCGACUCCGUCACACCUCGCGGCUUCGCCUUCGACGGCUUUAUGCCAUGGGCUUCGAAGACUCCGUUUGGAAGAGACGAAACCAAACGCAAACCUCCAGUUAGUCUCGUCCAGACUCCCGCCAAAUUGGCCGAAUAUCAGCAUCUGCAAAUCGCCCUAGCGGAAGGCUAUCACCUGUCAGAUAUUCUCAGACGGGUAACCUACUUAACAGGAGAUGCGUCUUUGGUGAAUGAUUAUACUAGCAGAGUCAAUGAAACCUUAGAGCGUUCCCCUGUAAUGUCAAGGUUGACAGUUUCAUUUGAAGAUGAUAUUCAGCAGAUGUCGUCCUCAAAUAUUGAACUAACAGGGAAACUGCUAAAUGUCAAGAAGGAAAUUUACCGUUUUCCCAGCGUGGCCGUUGAUGUGUUAAGUAUUUGCUGUGGUAUUACGAUCCCCAGUGUGUGGGGAACAAUAGAAGAGUUACACAAGACACAACGGAUCAGUCUCGAAGAUGCCCACCACUUGACUGUACUGAUCAGCAUCUCAGCGGAGCUACGGUUAAGAACGUACAUUGCCAACGGAGGACAGAAUGACAGACUGUCUCCUCUCACGGAGAUGAAAGUCCAACUGGACAAACAUGACGUAGAUGACACCUUCGUCCAGUCAGUGUUUUACAUACCAGAUUCUAAAAUGUUGUUCAGGUACUACUAUACUUCCAUUCCAUUAAAAAGAUGCAUUAAAGAUACAGUCACAAACACAAAUGCGACGUCCAAGAUAUUCAAAACAGCCAUCUUUGACACCUCAUCUCAAACAAGGGGUCAAAUAGCCGAGGAGGUGUUGCAGUUAGACGCAUCUGAACGUCACUUGGAGGCAGCACUGGAAGAGGCGGAUGGUGAUGAGGAAAAGCAGCUGGAAUUACUUUUUGAACUAGGCAUUGUCUCUUACGGACGUGGUGACUUUAAGAAAGCGAUCAGCUACUACGAACGGGCAAGGGCCAUUGAAGAUACUAUUUCUGUAGGCACCCAAAUGCGUCGAUACUUGCUGUAA